AAGAGAUUCGAAGUCUGUUGACUGCCCCUGCUUUCCAACCGCGAUAGAAAGCCAGAAAGAGAGAUGAGCGGCGGUGCAGGGGGUGGUGGUGGCGGUGGCGCGGUGAAGACGCCGGCGGACUUCCUGAAAUCCAUCCGGGGGCGGCCGGUCGUCGUCAAGCUCAACUCCGGCGUCGACUACAGAGGUAUUCUAGCUUGUUUGGAUGGAUAUAUGAAUAUUGCAAUGGAGCAAACAGAAGAAUAUGUCAAUGGUCAACUUAAGAACAAAUAUGGGGAUGCUUUUAUAAGAGGAAAUAAUGUUCUCUAUAUCAGCACCUCAAAAAGGACUCUUGCGGACGGGGCAUGAUGGUGCUGCUGUGAAAUUUCAAUUUGUGCAUGGUGUACCCAAAUCAAAGAAUAUUUGUAGCUCUAUCUGAUUUGAUAGAACAGAUUGGCACAGCAGAUCUUUGCUCUUCAACAUAAUUUUAGAUUGGUGUUUGGGAAGUUGAUGCUCAAUGUCGUAGUGGCAUAUUACUUUAAGCUGCAAUUACCAGCCUGCAUCUGAUUUCUUUUUUUUUCUUUUAAUGGGGUUUUAUCUCUACUUAAAAGCAUGCUUGUGUGCAAGGUGCUGUAUCUGAUAUAUGAUGCUGCUUUUGGGCUUUUACAAAUAUUGAAGCGUGAAGACACUUUGUUCA